GGCGCGUUAGGCAUAAAAGCAUAAAUACCGAAUCGCCUACUCAGACUCAGACUCCACAACUCAAGGCCUCUUGUACUUUGCUUAUCCAAUCGCACAAAGACGAUGUCGAGCGCUCCAGGAACGGGUGACCAGACAGACCUUCGCAAUAAUCUUUCGAGAGACAAAGAUGGUUCAUUCAAGAGACAGGUGUCUACCUUCCGCGACACAAUAGUCAAAGGCGGGAAGUUCGAGCCAGAGCCAGGACGUUAUCAUCUUUAUGCCGCUUUGAUAUGCCCUUGGGCGCACAGAACCCUGAUCGUCCGCAAAAUCAAGGGCCUUGAGGACAUCAUUUCGGUCACGAUUACUGCACCACGGAUGGACAAGGACGGUUGGCCAUUCGCUAACAUUGAUCCCUUUCCUGGCGCGGAAGUAGACGAUCUGAACCAUGCCGACCAUGUCAGAGAUCUGUAUUUCAAAGCACAGCCUGAUUUCAAAGACAGAUUCACGGUUCCGGUCCUCUGGGACAAAAAGUUGCAAACGAUCGUAAAUAACGAGUCGUCCGAAAUUAUUCGUAUUCUCAACUCGUCUUUCAACGAGUUACUUCCGCCAGAAAAGGCCGCAAUUGACUUGUACCCAGAGAGGUAUCGCUCUGAGAUCGAUAGCUUAAACGAAUGGGUGUAUGAUGGACUUAACAACGGUGUUUACAAAUCGGGUUUUGCAGGAACACAAGAAGUGUACGAGAAGGCAGUGACACAGGUCUUUGCGUCGCUGGAUCGCAUAGAACCACUUCUUAAAGGAAAGGACUUCCUCAUUGGAGAUCAGCUAACGGAAGCAGACGUUCGACUAUACGUCACCACUGUUCGCUUUGACGUUGCAUACCACGGUCAAUUCAAAUGCAACCUGCGUACGAUUCGCAGCGGCUAUCCGAAUAUUCACAGAUGGCUGAGACAGUUGUACUGGACGAAUCCUGCCUUCAACUCGACAACAAACUUCGAUCACAUCAAGACGGGUUACUACUCAAUGAAGACAAUAAAUCCUACGCAAAUUGUUCCAGUUGGACCCGUGCUGUCGAUUGAGCCUUUGUAAGAGGACUCACGAGAUGUAGUUAGCUUGUAUUUGUAUCGAUGAAUGGAAUUUUACUGCACAUGAGAUGUUCAUUCAUUUGCAUUGUAACCCACGUGUAUGCGCGUUUAGUACUCCACCAGAGAGAUAAAGUGUUUC